AUUUUUCAAAAAGAGAAGCUCUGUUUGAGGAGCCAUCCGAUCUGCAGAUUUCUUCCUCAGUCCCCGUAUCAGGGUUGUGGCUGGAACUUUCAAUCAAUUCUUCCCUUUAUUUCCCCCCUCUCUCUCUCUGUCUCUCUCUCUGUCUCUCUCUCUCUCAUUCUCUUUCUCUCUCUUUCUCAUUCUCUCUCUCUCUGGCUUGCCUGCCGGUGCCUGUCACAGCAAAGUCAGACCUACAGAGUAUGGUUGUUAAACUCUGUGAAAUCUGUCACAAGGGUGUCAGGUAUUUCUAAAUGGCUUCCAAGAAAAACUUCAGAUAAGGAAAUCUCCUGGAGCGUUUGCAAAGCUGCAUUUGGAGGCUCCCAGAAGGUGAAGUAGAAGGUGGAAGCAAAACAGCAAAAUAAAAGAUGUCCCCAGAGCCAAAGCCUGACCAGUUGGGAGUGAGAUAUAGUCACUUCGCCUGGGGUGCGCUUGAGCACACUCAACUUCUUUUCUAUUGAAGAUCGAAACCUUAGCAAGAUUAUGCUGCUUUCACUUAGCCUUCUGUUGCCUGUAGUGGUUCCGUGUAGUUUUGUAACUGUCUCAGCCCAACAGCAUUGGAACUGUCCUGCCGAGGGGAAGGGGACUUCCACCUGUAUGGGUUCUGCGCCUUUCUUGAUUUUCUCCCAUGGAAAUGGCAUCUUUAGGAUUGAUACGGAAGGAACGAAUCACAAGCAGUUGGUGGUGGAUGCUGGCACCUCCGUGAUCAUGGAUUUUCACUACCAGAAGGAAAGAAUCUAUUGGGUGGAUUUAGAAAGACAACUCUUGCAAAGAGUUUUUAUGAAUGGGUCAAAGCAGGAGGUAGUGUGCCAUAUAGAGAAAAAUGUUUCAGGAAUGGCAAUCAAUUGGAUAAAUGAGGAAUUGAUCUGGUUCAGUCAACAGGAAGGCAUCAUCAGAGUAACAGAUAUGGAAGGAAACAAUUCUCGAGUACUUGUAAACACCUCACAUUAUCCUGCAGACAUAGCAGUUGAUCCAGUAAAAAGGUUUAUAUUUUGGUCUUCAGAGGUAGCUGGUAGCCUUCACAGAGCAGAUUUGGGCUGUGUGGAAGUGAAGACCCUGCUACAGACACCAGGGAAAAUAACAGCCUUGUCGUUAGAUGUGCUGGAGAAACGGAUCUUUUGGAUUCAGAGAAAGAGAGAAGGCAGUAGUUCUCAUAUUUGGUCCUGUGAUUAUGACGGAGGCUCAAUCCAUCUUCUUACACAGCAAACAAGGCACCAUUUGUUGGCUAUGUCCCUUUUUGGUGACCGUAUCUUCUACUCAACACUGAAAAGGGAGACAAUCUGGAUAGCCAACAAACACACUGGGAAGGAUAUGGUUAGAAUGAACUUCAACGCAUCCAUUGAAGCACCCAGUGAACUUCAAGUAGUGCAUCCCCUUGUACAGCCCAGCAUGGACGGUGGUGCUCGGGACUCUGGGCAGAAACUCUGCAAACUGAAGAAAGGAAACUGCAGCCGGGGCCUGUGUAGACGAGACCCCAAGUCCCAGUUGUGCGCAUGUGCGGAGGGCUAUACUUUAAGCCCAGAUGGAAAGCACUGUGAAGAUGUCAACGAAUGUGCCCUUUGGAGUCAUGGCUGUACUCUUGGAUGUGAAAACAUCCCUGGAUCCUAUUAUUGCACGUGCCCUGCUGGCUUUGUCCUCCUUCCUGAUGGGAAACGGUGUCACCAAUUUGUUUCCUGUCCAAGCAACGCAAGUGAAUGUAGCCAUGGCUGUGUUCUGACGCCAGACGGCCCCCGGUGCUUCUGUCCCGAAGGCUCAACACUUCAGACAGAUGGAAAAACAUGCAGUGGCUGUUCAUCACCUGACAAUGGUGGAUGCAGCCAACUCUGCAUCCCUCUCAGCCCAAGAUCCUGGGAAUGUGGAUGCUUUCCUGGGUAUAAUCUACAGCUGGACCAAAGAAGCUGCACAGCUUCAGGACCGCCACCGGUUUUGCUGUUUGCCAAUUCUCAAGAUAUUCGACGCAUGCACUUUGACGGAACAGAUUACGGAACCCUGCUCAGCCAGCAAGUGGGGACAGUUUUCGCCCUCGAUUAUGACCCAGUGGAGAACAAGCUCUAUUUUGCCCACACAGCCCUGAAAUGGAUAGAGAGAGCUCGCAUGGAUGGUUCUCAGCGAGAGAGGCUCAUCCAGGAAGGAAUAGACAUGCCUGAAAGUCUUGCUGUGGACUGGAUUGGCCGUCGAAUCUACUGGACAGACAGAGGGAAAUCUGUCAUUGAAGGGAGUGAUCUAAGUGGUAAACAUCGUCAGCCAAUCAUUAAGGAGAACAUCUCUCAGCCACGAGGAAUCGCUGUUUACCCGAUGGCCAAGAGAUUAUUCUGGACCGAUACAGGGAUUAAUCCGAAAAUUGAAAGCUCUUCCCUGAAAGGCUCCGGCCGGCUGGUGAUAGCCAGCUCUGACCUGUUGGAGCCCAGUGGAAUUACCAUUGACUAUUUGACAGACCUGUUGUAUUGGUGUGAUGCCAAGCGGGCUGUCAUUGAAAUGGCCAAUCUGGAUGGUUCCAAACGCCAAAGACUUGCCCAGAAUGAUGUAGGUCGUCCCUUUGCUCUAGCCGUGUUUGAGGAUCACCUGUGGAUCUCGGAAUGGGCUAUGCCAUCGGUAAUAAGGGUGAACAAGAGGACUGGCGCAAACAGGGUAUGUCUCCGAGGCAGCAUGCUGAAGCCCUCGUCUCUGGUUGUGGUCCACCCAUUGGCAAAACCAGGUGCUGAUCCCUGCUUACAUCAGAAUGGAGGCUGUCAACAGAUUUGCCAAGAGAGCUUUGGAACUGCUCAGUGUUCCUGUCAUGAAGGUUUUACAAAAGCUCCCGAUGGGAGAAUGUGUCUUGAUCCAAAGAGUCAUCGGCCAGCAGCUGGCGGUGAAGGAAAUGGAGACAACCAUGUGGCACUGCUGGACCAUGUACCCCAGCCUGGAUCAUCCAGAGAAAACGCCACAGAACCACAGGACAUGUUAGUGGAAAUCAUGGUGUCAGAUGGAGAUGACUGUGGCCCUGGCGGAUGCGGCAGGCAUGCCACGUGUGCAUCUGAAGGAGAGAAUGCCACCUGUCGGUGUUUGCAAGGCUUUGCCGGUGAUGGAAAAGCAUGUUUUGAUAUUGAUGAAUGCAUGCUGGGUACCGCAGCCUGCCCACCGGCCUCUUCCACAUGCAUUAACACCGAAGGCAGCUACGUGUGCCGGUGCUCAGAAGGCUUCCGAGGAGAUGGGAUUCACUGUCUGGAUGUGGAUGAGUGCCAGCUGGGGGUUCAUGGCUGUGGAGAGAAUGCCGACUGCAUGAAUACGGAGGGAGGCUACACCUGCCAGUGUGCAGGCCUCCCAUCUGAACCUGGGCUGCCUUGUCCCGAUUCAACUUCACCCUCUCCCCUUGAGGAAGAUGGUCGCCAUCUGGUCAGGAAUAGCUACCCGGGAUGUCCUCCCUCCCAUGAUGGGUAUUGUCUCCAUGGCGGUGUGUGCAUGUAUGUCGAGGCAGUAGACAGCUACGCAUGCAACUGCGUGGUGGGCUACAUCGGGGAGCGAUGUCAGCACCGAGACUUGCGAUGGGAGCUGCGGAAUGCAAGCCACGGGCAGCAGCGGGACGUCACCGUGGUGGCGAUCUGCGUGGUGGUGCUGGUCCUGCUGCUUGUGGUCGGACUCUGGGAGGCACGCCAGUACAGGAUUCGGAAGCAGCUAUUGAAAAACCCAAAGAAUCCUUAUGAAGACCCAAGCAGCAAUGGUGAGAGCAGCGGCGGUGGUGUGAGCAGCAGCCAGCCUGCCAGCAGCGAGGUGGAGAUGCCUUCUUGUCCCCAGCCAUGGUUUGUGGUCAUAGAGGAACACCAAGACUUUGGGAACAGGAUUCAUUCCACCGUUGCUGAGAAAGGCCAGACAGCAGAGGUGUGGCCCAGUGGACAGUUCUCUUUACCUGGAUCCUGAGUGCUCUCUCGUCGAAGGUCUCAUCCGACCGCCUAACCAUAAUGAUGGUUGAAUAAGCUAUGUGCGCAGCUGGGCUGUGUUGAAAUGCCAGAGAAACAAAUUUGCGCUGUAGUUCUAUCCUCUGUGGGGUCACUGCAUUCACACAAAACUCUAGUUGUCACACUGCUGCUAAAUCACACUGAACAAGGCCACAGCAAGUGGUUUUCCUCACCUGGGAUUAGGUAGGACUUGAAGUCAUUCUUGGGGCUGCUGAUCUAUCCGUCUAUCUAAGAGUUGUUUCAGUGACCUUGUAAAUGGUAGGAAGCCAUUCUUGUGAGUGGAGGUAGACCUGGAAUUGCCCUGGGAAUUGUUUCGGGGGAAUCAAGUCUUAUCAGGGCACACUUGCUGUCCGUGAUGUGCAGCCAGGUCGCAGAGAAAUGGCAGGAUCAAACUCUUCUGAAACUCAGUCUAUGUCAGGUAGAUCUAGACUCAGGCAUCCUUUAGUAGAAUACUUUAGCAAGAGUGGUGUUGGGAUCGACCUUUUGGGAUUGAGUCUCACCUACCAUCAUUCUUUAUUUAUUUAUUUUAUUUUUUUGAGGAGAUAGGGGCAGUACUAGGGCUUGAACUACAGGCCUUGUGCUCUCUCUCUCAGCUUUUUCCGUUCAAGGUUGGUGCUCAGCCACUUGAACCACGCUGCUACUUCCAGAGUUUUGCUAGUUCAUUGGAGAUAAGAGUCUUACAGACUUUCCUUCCCUGGCUAGCUUCACAUUGCGAUCCUCAGAUCUCUGCAGUCCUCCUGAGUGGUUAGGAUUAUAGGCGGCAGUCUCAGAUGCCUGUCUCAUCAUUUUUUGUUACCUUCCAAAGGACCUUGUGAAAUGUGCUUCUGUGUCAUAAAUCUUUAGGAAGGUUUCUAAAGAAUCUUCAAGACAACAAAAACAGUUCCCCUGCAAAUGAAAGGAGACAGCAAAGUCUGAAUGCCCUUUCAUUUUCUGGUAUUUCCCUUCUUGCCUUCUUCUACCAGCUUCUUUACAGAAACAGCGUAAGGUUCUUAUUCUAGAAAACUCACUCUAAAUCCUACUCUCAUGCUUAUUCUUCCCAAGCGCUGAAUUCAAUAGAGCUUUAUUGCCAGUCCUGAUGAUAAAGGUACACUUAAUAAUUGAACAGAAAAAAUACAAGAAAUCCUAGUUUUAUGUGUAAUAACUGUUGCCUGGGCAACUUAAAAGUAUUUUCAACA